CCAUCACUACGGUCCAUAUCGAUAAAUAUACUUUUUAUCAACAAAAUGUCUUCUACUCAAGAUCUUCAAUGGUUAUUGACCCGCAAAACAUCUUGCUUUUUGGUAAAGCAAAAGGGUCUCGCCCGUGUCUUCUCUCGUGAACCAAACAAUUUGGCACAAAUUCACUCUUACCGUUAUUCCGGUUUGGUGAACGAUAAGAACGUUAGCGUUGAAGCAUCAAAAUCCGGUAAAGGUUUGGUUGUUUCCACAAAGAAGGCAGACGUUGCUCAAGGCAAGAUUGCCGGUUCCCGUACCACUCAAUCUCUCAAGAGAGGUGGUCCAAGACACAAGGCCGGUGCAGUUGCUGAAAUCGUCGGUAAGAAGGGAUACCGUUCCGACUUGUUGAAAGAUGCUGUUGCCCGUGCUUCCGCCAUCGCUCGUGCUCAACAAGGUGGUCGCAAACAACCACCAGCCAAGAAGGUCCGCGGACGUGGUGCCAACAAGAAAGUUGUGCUUUAAAUUGGCAUUUGAAUCUAGCCCAGCUAUG